AUGGCCGACUCUACCAUAGUGGCAAAGCUGGAUAAUCUGGUGGCGGAUGUCCUGGCUGACUGGAACAUCUACACCACUGUCUUUGCUGGGGCCGUUCUCGCCUUCGCCAUAUACUCGGUUGCCUCGUCUCAAGAUCCAGAUGUCCACCCAUUUCUGCUGGCUCGUCAAGCAACCCCAGCCCCGAUUCGCCAGGAGGGUGAAUCAGCUACCUACAGAUGCUUGGAAACCCCACACGGUCUACCGCUUCGAUUUGGAUUGAAUGUGAAAGACCCGGGUGCCCCGAAAUGGACCGGAGGCCGACGUGGAGAUCUGAGGGAUAUCUGGAGGACGGCUGUCCGUGGCGCCUUGAACGAGGAUGGUACAAUCUCUGGCAAGCAGGGCAAGAUCUACACUGUUCUGGGUAGGAAAGCCAUCGAACACUCGUUGGGCCAAGUCACACAAGAAAUCAACGUCAUUGGUCACCAUCUCCAAAACGCCGGCGUCAAGACAGUGGCGGUAUGCCUCACCGACUCUAUCGAGCUGCUGGCUGCCAUCUUUGCGGGUGCUUUCUACGGAUACAAGACCGUUCUCAUUCCUCACAACCUUCCAGCAGAAUCCCUGUCAGCGCAUUUGAAGCAGGCUGGAGCAGAGGUACUUAUCGCUGAAGCUGGAUCUCUGGACCUUUCAGUUGUUGGCAAUGACAACAAGCAGCUCUCGCUCGUUCUCUGGGUCGCCAAGUAUGGCAACCGACACAUGGACUGGAAUGGAGUUCCCGAUAACGUUGAGAGUACCUUGAAGGUUGCUGUCUGGCAUGAGCUGGUUGAAGAGUUCAAGGAUCUCGCUGGAUAUGAUGUCCCUGAAUAUGACCCAAAGACAGAGACCCCUGCUGUCAACACUGUCUGGCCAUCUUCGUCUCUGUCCGGUCAAUUCAUCGACUUCAAGCCGGAGAACUUUGCGUCUGCUAUUGGUGCGAUCAUUUCCACGCUUCCUCGCACCCAACGUUUUGUCCCGUCCGACAUUGUUCUCUCAAUCGACUCUCUCUCACGAUCAUACCCUCUUUGCACGACCAUGGCAGCAUUGUUUUCUAACUCGUCCAUUGCCCUCAACUCCGUUGCUGGAGAGAAGGUAGACUUCGCGCUGGCUACAGCUGGAGUAUCCCCUACUGUCAUUGUUGCCUCAUCGCAGACCAUGUCCGAAUACCACGACCAAAUCAUGCGCCCACACACCGGUUUCAUCUCAUCUCUUGGACGGUGGAUUCAAGCACGAACUCUGGAUGCAGGAAAUAUGCCGACACGCAACUUCUUCAGCCAGCUGGCGCGCAUUGGCCCUACCGCCGAGCUUUCCCUCGAUGACCUGCGUUUGUUGUGUAUCUCUCAUCGUAUUGACGGCGACCCGUCUGCUCGCCUUACUUCCGAGCAAUUGACCGAACUGAGGAUCUUCACUGGAGCUCGUGUGGUGUAUGCUUUGACUGGUCCUGGCGUCGCUGGUGCAAUUACACAGACAAAUGCUUUCGAUUACAGAACCCUCACUGGCCCCAGCCACUUCGGCGCUCCACUGAGCAGCACUCAGUACACAUUGAUCAACGUCCCCGAAGGCUCUCCCGACGGCGCAGAAGAAGGACAGCUCACCGUUUCAGGUCCCGCUGUUGUCGGUGGUUCUACCACUCUUCCUGGCCGAGUUCGCAUCAGCAAGGAGAACACCUUAGAGCUGUGUUCAUAG